CAAAGUUAGCCUUACCCACUGUGCAGCAAAGGCCGUUUGGGUCCCGAGUGAGUGUCUUCGUUCUUCAGGCAAACCCGGAAAGGGUCUCUUAAACCUCUUAAACCCUUCAUGUCCUUCUCAUCCAAAUCCACAAGAAGAUGGAUAUCUGUUUAACCAAUUCAGCCUUCAGGAUCCCUUCAAUUUUCCCAUCUCAUCUACCUAUUUCAACGCAAAAGCCAUUGAGCCAGAAAAUUCCAGUGCAGACCCACUUGAAUGCUGUCAAAAGGUCAGAAUAUUUAUCCGAAAUCAGCAAAGCAAUCGAUCAAGAAGAACAGUACCGCAUAGCUCGGUCUCAGGUUCUACGCAAAGGUGUGGACUUGGAAGGUUAUUCGAUUGAGGGGCUUUCUAUUGGUGGACAAGAGACCUGUAUAAUAAUUCCCGAGUUUAAGUGCGCUUUCGAUAUAGGGAGGUGUCCUACGAGGGCUAUUCAGCAAAACUUCCUUUUCAUAACUCAUGCUCAUCUUGAUCACAUUGGAGGGCUGCCAAUGUAUGUAGCUAGCCGUGGCUUAUACAAUUUAAAACCUCCUACUGUAUUCGUGCCUCCUUGCAUCCUGGAGGAUGUUGAGAAGUUGAUGGAUAUACACAGGACAAUGGGCCAAGUUGAAUUAAACCUUGAACUGAUUGCAUUGGACGUAGGGGAAACCUAUGAGUUACGUAAUAACCUUGUUGUCCGACCAUUCAGAACACAACAUGUGAUACCCAGCCAGGGUUAUGUAGUAUAUUCAGUCAGGAAAAAACUGAAGAAACAGUACAUUCACCUUAAAGGGAGUCAAAUUGAGAAAUUGAAGAAGUCUGGUGUUGAGAUUACAGACACUAUAUUAUCUCCAGAGGUGGCCUUCACUGGUGAUACAACGCCUGAUUUUAUGCUUGAUCCACGCAAUGCAGAUGCGCUGAGAGCGAAAAUUCUUAUAACUGAGGCAACUUUCCUGGAUGAGUCAUUCAGCGUAGAACAUGCUCGGGAACUCGGACAUACACAUUUAGCUGAGAUCAUUGGAAAUGCUCAGUGGAUUCACAACAAAGCUGUUUUAUUAACUCAUUUUUCGUCAAGAUAUAAUAUAGAGGACAUUCGUCAAGCUACAUCAAAAUUGCAGUCAAAGGUAUCGGCAAAAGUGGUUCCUCUCACUGAAGGUUUCAAAUCAAAGUAUUCUUAAGUGUUAAAACCAUCUCAAGUUCCCUGCGCCAAGAAUUUGACGGGAGUGCUGGUAUGAGUUAAGGCUCACAUGAAUUUCAAGUAAAGGUAUUUCGAAAGAUAUGGUUUAUAAGUAUUGGGAAUCAAUUCAAUAUCUGCAUUAGUAUCAGCAGAUCAGUAGUUAGUGCAUAGAGGGCUGUUAUCAGUUGAAUUGUGAUAGGAGCAUUUUGUAGUUAUAUUGUAAAUUAUGAAGGUGUACUCAUUAUCUUGCCAUUUCAUAUAUAAUGUAUUGUUUACUGUAUUUUAGAUUUUGCAUGUGCUAAAUUAAAAUACUAUUAAGAAUAUAAAAAUAAGUUGAGAUUAAAUCU